AAGGUCACGUGAUAUAACAAAGAUGUCGGCCCGGUGUUUAUAAUUGUCUAAUUGUUUACAAUAGGUUAUGUAGAAUUAUGUGUUUAUUUUGUUUAUUUAACAAAUUUUUUUAAGAGUCAAUUAAUUGUGUAAUGUAAAAAAUUAUACUUUACUUAUUUGAUAAAAAUAAUAUUUGAUCUGAAUAAUAAAAUACUUGUUUUUUUAUUUUUAAAUUAUAAACGCGAAAUUUACAAAUUAGAAAUAGUAAAAAAUAAUAAUAUAUUAAACAAAUUAAUUUAAACAAUGGAGCAAGAGGAUUUGUGUAUUGAUUAUAUAAAAAAACAAUUUCUCUGUUGUACUCCUCUUAAAAAGUUCGACUUUAUGUCCUUCGAAGAAAAUGGAUUUAAAGCAGUGAAUAUUUGCCUGCAAGAGAAACUUUUAGACAGUACAGUGAAUAAUGAAAUUGUAAAGAAAUAUCCUUUAAAAAAAUCGUAUCUAAAAGCAUUUCUGAAAAUAUUAAUCGAUAAGUUAGAAAAGAAUAACGAUGAAGUAGACAAUAAAUUAUAUAAUGAAUACUGUAAUUUGAUAUCAUCGAAUGAUGAAGAAUCAACGACUCAUUACCGGCAUUUUUUAAUCGAAAACAAUAUAUGUAUCACUUUAGAAGAAAGCACAAGUAUUAUAUCACAAGGAACAACUGGAUUAUGUACCUGGCAAGCAGCUUCAAGUUUAGCCGAAUGGUGUAUAUCAAAUAAAUCAUUGUUAAUUAAUAAACGCAUCAUGGAACUUGGAUCUGGAAUUGGUCUGACAGGUCUAACUGUUAUUAAUACCUGUUUUCCAAAACAAUACACUUUCUCGGAUUGUCAUUCUGUUGUUUUGAAUUUAUUAUGCAAGAAUUUGAUGGCAAACUUUUCGAAAAAUUUGGAACAAUUAAAUGACAAAACUGAUGGAAAAUUAGAAUUUGAGACAAAAUUUCAAAAUACUAAAGUUCAAGUAUUAAAUUUAAAAUGGGAAGAUAUGGAUAAUUAUUUAAUCGACAAUGAACAAAAACCUGAAAUUGUAAUUGCUGCCGAUGUAUUGUACGAUAGUAGUAACUUUCUUGCACUUUCAAAUGCAUUGAAAACUUUAUUAAUGAAUGGAUGUCAAUAUGCUAUUAUUGCGGCAACUGUUCGCAAUUCUGAGACGAUUGAUCAAUUUCUCCAACAAUUGGAUAAAAAUCUCAAUUACUGUGACGAAUUACUUCCAAAGUCGGUUAAUUUUAUUCCAGUUGAUGACACACCAAUUAGAAUAAUUAAAAUAUUUCAAAAAUGUAUUCAAGAAAGAUAAUUUUUUAAAAUAAAUUUCAUACAAAAAUGAGAAUGUAA